GGGAGGAGGACACUGCCACCCGCAGCCUCCCUGAGCUCACUGCAGUGCCAACAGCGGACAGCCAUCGAAGCGAGCGCAAUCCGCCUCUGCAUUCCACCCUCCCUGGGGUGGUGACGGCAGGGAGGAGCAGAAAGGAACCAUGUUCCCAGCUCUCCCUUGCCCCUGGGUCCUUGUGGUCCUGGGCACCAGCUGGGCAGCCUGGGGAAACCUAGGGACUGAAGCAGCGAGGGUAAGGCAGUUCUACGUGGCUGCUCAGAGCAUCAGCUGGAACUAUCACCCUGAGCCCACACACCCCAGUUCAAGCCCUUUUGCAACCUCCUUUAAGAAAAUUGUUUACAGAGAGUAUGAAGCAUAUUUUCAGAAAGAGAAACCACCAUCCAGAAUGUCAGGACUUCUUGGGCCUACUUUAUAUGCAGAAGUUGGAGACAUCAUGAAAGUUCACUUUAGGAAUAAGGCAGACAAGCCCUUAAGCAUCUACCCUCAAGGAAUUAAGUACAGUAAAUUUGCAGAAGGUGCUUCUUAUCCUGACCACACAUUCCUUGUGGAGAAGAUGGAUGAUGCUGUAGCCCCGGGCCAAGAAUAUACCUAUGAGUGGAACAUCAGUGAGGACAGUGGGCCCACACAUGAUGACCCUCCAUGCCUCACACACAUCUAUUACUCCUAUGAAAAUCUCAUACAGGACUUCAAUUCUGGGUUGAUUGGACCUCUGCUUAUUUGUAAGAAAGGCACUCUAACUGAGGAUGGUAUUCAGAAGAUGUUUGACAAGCAAUAUGUAUUGAUGUUUGCUGUGUUUGAUGAAAGUAAAAGCUGGAACCAGUCAUCAUCCCUAAUGUACACAAUCAAUGGCUAUGUGAAUGGGACGAUGCCAGAUAUAACAGUUUGUGCCUAUGACCACAUCAGUUGGCAUCUGAUUGGAAUGAGCUCUGGGCCAGAACUGUUUUCCAUUCAUUUCAGUGGCCAGGUCCUGGAGCAGAACCAUCAUAAGGUCUCAGCCAUCACUCUCGUCAGUGCCACGUCCACUACUGCAAACAUGACUGUGAGCCCAGAGGGAAAGUGGCCCAUAUCUUCUCUCAUCCCCAAACAUUUUCAAGCUGGGAUGCAGACUUACAUAGACAUUAAAAACUGUGCAAAGAAAACCAGGAAGCCUAAGAAACUAACUCGAGACCAGAGGCGGCACAUCAAGAGGUGGGAAUACUUCAUUGCUGCAGAGGAAGUCAUUUGGGACUAUGCACCUAUAAUACCAGCAAACAUGGACAAAAAAUACAGAUCUCUGCAUUUGGAUAAUUUCUCAAACCAGAUUGGAAAACAUUAUAAGAAGGUUGUCUACAAACAGUACCAAGAUGAGUCCUUCACCAAACGUCUGGAGAAUCCCAAUAUCAAAGAAGAUGGAAUCUUGGGCCCUGUUAUCAGAGCCCAGGUCAGAGACACACUAAAAAUUGUGUUCAAAAAUAUGGCCAGCCGCACCUAUAGCAUUUACCCUCAUGGAGUGACCUUCUCUCCUUACGAAGAUGACGUCAACUCGUCCUCCACCUCAGACAAUAACACCAUGAUCAGAGCAGUUCAGCCAGGGGAAACCUAUACUUAUAAGUGGAACAUCCUAGAGUCUGAUGAACCCACAGAGAACGACGCUCAGUGCUUAACAAGACCAUACUACAGUAACGUGGACAUCACAAGGGACAUUGCCUCUGGUUUGAUAGGGCUUCUUCUCAUUUGUAAGAGCAGAUCCUUGGAUAAGCGAGGCAUACAGAGGACAGCAGACAUUGAGCAACAGGCUGUGUUUGCUGUGUUUGAUGAGAAUAAGAGCUGGUACAUUGAGGACAACAUUUACAAGUUUUGUGAAAAUCCUGAGAAGGUGAAACGUGAUGACCCCAAGUUUUAUGAGUCAAACAUCAUGAGCACUAUCAAUGGCUAUGUGCCUGAGAGCAUACCCACACUAGGAUUCUGCUUUGAUGACACUGUCCAGUGGCAUUUCUGCAGUGUGGGAACUCAGAAUAACAUUUUGACCAUUCACUUCACUGGGCACUCAUUCAUCUAUGGAAAGAGGCACGAGGACACCUUGACUCUGUUCCCCAUGCGUGGAGAAUCUGUGACUGUCACAAUGGAUAAUGUUGGAACUUGGAUGUUAACUACCAUGAAUUCCAAUCCAAGAAACAAAAAACUACGGCUGAAAUUCAGGGAUGUUAAGUGUAUCCGGGAUGACGACGAGGACUCAUAUGAGAUUAUAUAUGAACCUUCAGCAUCUACAACCCUGACUACAAGGAAAAUGCAUGAUUCUUCAGAAAACAAAGAGGAAGAGAAUGACGAUGAAUAUGAUUACCAGGACCUACUAGCUUCAGUAUUAGGAAUUAGGUCAUUCAGAAAUUCAUCGUUAUAUCAGGAGGACGAUGAGUUCAAUCUUACCGCCCUAGCUCUGGAGAACAACUCUGAAUUCAUUCCUCCAAGUACUGAUAGAGCUGUUGAUUCAAAUUCUUCUUCCCCAGGUAACAUUAACAGGGCUACUGCCAAUACCUUUACAGAACCUCAGAAAAUUCUUCCUCACCCAGAAGCUACCAAAGCUGGUUCCCCCCGGAGACACACUGGCUUAGUUAAGAACUUAGUCCUCAACCGUCGAAGAACACAGCAUUCCAACCCUUAUUCUGAAGACCCUAUAGAAAAUCCUCUUCAGUCAGUUAUCACAGGGAUAAGCCUGCUUCCAUUUGGUACAGAAGGAUUCAGAAAUCGAGAACAUCCUAAACAUAAAAGAUUCAAGGCAGGAAGAGACCAAGCAGCAAAGCAUAGGUUCUCCCAGAUGAAAUUCCCAGCACAUAAAACUGGGAGACAUAUAAGCCAAGACAACUCUUCUUCUUCCAGUAUGGGGCCCUUGGAGGACCUGUCCAGUGAUCUGUUACUCUUAGAAAGAAAGGAUCCAUCUAAUAUUAAUGGGAAGUGGCAUUUGGUUUCUGAGAAGGGCAGUUAUGAAAUAGUCCAAGAUGCUGAUGAAGACAUGGCUGUUAAUGAGUUGCCAAACAACCCCCAGAAUGCCUCAAGGUCUUGGGGAGAAAACAUCCCUUUUACAAACAAGCAUGGAAAGCAGAGGGGCCAUCCAAUUUUUGUAACUAGACAUAAACUUCUACAAGAAAGACAGGAUGAAGGAAAUAGUAUAUUGAAGAAAGGCCGUUUUUUUAUUAGGACUCGAAGAAAGAAAAAGGAACGAAAGCCUGUACACCAUGUUCCUCUAUCUCCAAGGAGUUUUAAUCCUCUGAGAGGAGAGGCUAACACUCCAUUUUCAGAUAGGAGACAAAAUCAUUCAUUGUUACUCCAUGAGUCCAAUGAAACAUCUCUUCCCACAGACCUCAAUCAGACAUUCCCUUCUAUGAAUCUUAGCCUGAUAGCCUCACAUCCUGACCGUAAUCAGAACCUCCCAAAUGACACCCAUCAGACAAGCUCCCCUCUAGAUCUUUAUCAGACAGUGACCCCAGAUGAACCCUAUCAAACAGCCCCUAUUCAAGACUUUGACCCAACACACUCCACUGCAGUCCCCAGUCACCAAUCUUAUCUUCCAGAGCCCAUCCAGAUACACGACUAUGACCUAAGAAACAAGGCCUCCCCCACUGAUGUUAGUGAGAUGUUCUUUUCCUUGAAACUUAAAGCCGGGCAUAGAACCACCUCUCCAGACCUCAAUCAACCAUCCUUCUCUCCAGAACUCGGCCAGACAACCCUUUCCCCAGACCCUGGCCAUGUGACCCUCUCCCAAGACCUUAACCAGACAACCCUCUCCCCAGACCUUAGCCAUACAACCCUUUCCCCAGACCUUGGACAUACGACCCUCUCCCCAGACUUUAACCAGAAAACCCUCUCCCCAGACCUUAACCAGACAACCCUCUCCCCAGACCUUAGCCAUACAACCCUUUCCCCAGACCUUGGACAUACGACCCUCUCCCCAGACUUUAACCAGAAAACCCUCUCCCCAGACCUUAACCAGACAACCCUCUCCCCAGACCUUAGCCAUACAACCCUUUCCCCAGACCUUGGACAUACGACCCUCUCCCCAGACUUUAACCAGACAACCCUCUCCCCAGACCUUGGACAUACAACACUUUCCCCUGACUUUAGCCAUACAACCCUCUCCCCAGACCUUGGCCAUAUGACCCUUUCCCCAGACCUUAGCCAUACAACCCUCUCCCCAGACCUUGGACAUACAACACUUUCCCCUGACUUUAGCCAUACAACCCUCUCCCCAGACCUUGGCUAUAUGACCCUUUCCCCAGUCCUUGACCAGACAACCCUCUCCCUAGACCUUGGCCAAACAACCCUCUCCCCAGACCUUAGUCAUACGACCCUUUCCUCAGAACUCAGCCAUGAGACUGUCUCUCCAGAUCUAAGCCAGGUGACCCUUUCCCCAGACCUUAGGGAGAUACCAUUUUCCCCAGACCUUCGCCAGGCAACUCUCUCUCCAGACAUCAAUGAGACAACCCUUUCUCCUGAUCUCAGGCAGACCUCACCUCAUCUAGACCCUGAUAAGACAUCCUACAUUUCUGAAUCUAGUCAGUCAGUGACUCUUCCAGAAUUUGGUCAGACUUCCCCUUUUCCAGAUCUUGGUCAGAGGCCAUCUCCUCCAUCACAUUCUACAUUAAAUAAUACUUUUAUACCAAGGGAAUUUAAUCCAAUGGUUGUGGUAGGUCUCAGUAGAGAUGAUGGAGAUUACGUUGAGAUUAUUCCAAGGCAGAAGGAGGAGAACAGUGAAGAAGACUAUGUCGAAAUUGAUUAUGUGGAGUAUGAUGACCCAUACCAAACUGAUGUUAGGACGGACAUCAACUCCUCCAGAAAUCCUGACAACAUUGCUGCAUGGUACCUUCGCAGCAACAAUGGAAACAGAAGAAAUUAUUACAUUGCUGCUGAAGAACUAUCCUGGGAUUAUUCAAAAUUUACACAAAGGGAAGACAUCGAUGAUGUUCCAGAGCACACCAUAUACAAGAAAGUGGUUUUUCGAAAGUACCUUGAUAGCACUUUUACCAAACUUGAUCCUCGUGGGGAGUAUGAAGAGCAUCUUGGCAUCCUUGGUCCUAUUAUUAGAGCUGAGGUGGAUGAUGUUAUCCAAGUUCGUUUUAAAAAUUUAGCAUCCAGACCAUACUCUCUUCAUGUCCAUGGGCUUUCCUAUGAAAAAUCAUCAGAGGGAAAGACUUACGAAGAUGAUUCUCCUGAAUGGUUUAAGGAAGACAAUGCUGUUCAACCAAACAGCAGUUAUACAUAUGUCUGGCAUGCCACUGAGCGAUCGGGGCCAGAGAGUCCUGGCUCUGCCUGUAGGGCGUGGGCCUACUAUUCAGCAGUGAACCCGGAAAAAGAUAUCCAUUCGGGCCUGAUAGGGCCCCUUCUGAUCUGCCGAAAAGGAACACUGCAUAAGGAAAACAAUAUGCCUGUGGACAUGAGAGAAUUCGUCCUACUUUUUAUGGACUUUGAUGAAAAGAAGAGUUGGUACUAUGAAAAGAAGUUCACAAGGUCUUGGAGACUCACAUCAUCAGAAGUAAAAAACUCCCAUAAGUUUCAUGCUAUUAAUGGGAUGAUCUACAACUUGCCUGGCCUGAGGAUGUACGAGCAAGAGUGGGUGAGGUUGCACUUGCUGAACUUAGGCGGCUCCCAAGACAUUCAUGUGGUUCACUUUCAUGGCCAGACCUUGCUGGAAAAUGGAACUCAACAGCACCAGUUAGGGGUCUGGCCCCUUCUGCCUGGGUCAUUUAAAACUCUUGAAAUGAAGGCAUCAAAAGCUGGCUGGUGGCUCCUAGACACGGAAGUCGGAGAAAACCAAAGAGCAGGGAUGCAAACACCAUUUCUCAUCAUAGAUAGAGAAUGUAAGAUGCCAAUGGGACUAAGCACUGGUCUCAUAGCUGAUUCACAAAUCAAGGCUUCUGAGUUUUGGGGACAUUGGCAACCAAAAUUAGCAAGAUUAAACAAUGGUGGAUCAUAUAAUGCUUGGAUUACAGAUAAAUUUUCAGGAGAAUCUGACUCUAAACCUUGGAUUCAGGUAGACAUGCAAAGGGAAGUCGUAUUCACGGGGAUCCAGACCCAAGGUGCCAAAUAUUACCUGAAGUCCUACUACACCACUGAGUUCUAUGUGGCUUAUAGCUCUGACCAGAGAAACUGGCGGAUCUUCAAAGGGAACAGCACAAAGAACGUGAUGUAUUUUAAUGGCAAUUCAGAUGCCUCUACAAUAACAGAGAAUCAGUUUGAUCCACCUGUUGUGGCUAGAUACAUUAGGAUCUCUCCAACUGGAUCCUAUAACAAACCUGCCCUUCGAUUGGAGCUGCAAGGUUGUGAGGUUAACGGAUGCUCCACACCGCUGGGUAUGGAAAGUGGAAAUAUCAAAAACGAGCAAAUCACAGCUUCCUCAUUUAAAAAAUCUUGGUGGGGAGAUUACUGGGAACCCUUCCGUGCCCGUCUUAAUGCCCAGGGCCGUGUGAAUGCCUGGCAAGCCAAGGCAAACAACAACAAUCAGUGGUUACAGAUUGAUCUGCUCAAAAUCAAGAAGAUAACUGCAAUUACAACCCAGGGUUGCAAGUCCCUGUCCUCUGAAAUGUACGUGAAGAGGUACACCAUCCAGUAUAGUGACAGAGGAGUCGAAUGGAAGUCUUACAGGGAGAAAUCCUCGAUGGUAGACAAGAUUUUUGAAGGAAAUAAUAAUAUCAAAGGACAUGUGAAGAACUUUUUCAACCCACCAAUCAUUUCCAGGUUUAUACGCAUCAUUCCUAAAAUGUGGAAUCAAAGUAUUGCACUUCGUCUGGAACUCUUUGGCUGUGAUAUUUACUAGAACUGAAUAUUCAAAAAGACAGGAGGGACUCAAAGAUAUCAGAGUGGGCAAUUUAUCUUGUAGCUAUUUUAAAUAUUAAAAUUGUUCCAUUAUUUCCCUUUUUUCUAUUAGAGAAUAAAAUUUUCUAUGUGAAAUCUU